GUAAAUGUUUACUCGAAACGAUUGAAGAUGAUAUAUUGUUUGAUGUGCUUGUUGCAGCAGAUGAAUUAUCAUUAAUUGAACUUAUCAAAUACAUUGAGGAAUAUCAUGAAUUAUCUGAAUGGAAUCAAGAUGAUUUUACCGAAUUAAGAGAAAGGUUAAAAGAACUUUUACCACUUAUUAGAUUUUAUACCAUUUCUGGAAGUGAAUAUUAUCAAUAUGUUCGACCUUAUAAAAAGGUCCUUGAUCAUGAUUUUAGAAUGAAGCUAAAGAAAUUUUAUAUUGAUGAAACUUUAGAAGCACCACAAGAUGCAUUACCAUACCGAUCACCUGUAUCAAAGAUAAUUCAUUCAAGUCAAUUGGAAUUUAUUGCAACUUGGAUUGAUAAUAAGGAAUUAGUUGAGAAUUUUAAUGAAUUGAUAACUUAUAAAUUUCGACUUCUUUUGCGUGGAAGUCGUGAUGGGAUGGGGAUUGAAAAGUUUCACGAGUUAUGUAAUAAUAAGGGUGCAACUUUAGUUUUAAUUCAAAUUGAUGGUCCACGUAAAAUAAUUGGAGGCUAUAAUCCAUUGCCUUGGCAAAGUUCAGGAAGAUGGAAAUGUACUAACAAAAGUUUUAUUUUCUCUUUUAAAAAUAGAAAAAAUGUCAAUGAUUACAUACUCGCCAAUGUUUCGCAUUCUUUUAGUGCAAUUAAUGAUGGUAAUAAGCAUAGUAGAUUUGUGGGAUUCGGUGAUAUGGCUUGGUUUGCGAAUAGAUAUAGUAAGUCUUCUUAUGAUAAAACAAUUAUUGAAACAAAUAAUUAUAAUGUAGAAGAUUAUGAAGUCUUUCAAGUUAUUGCUAAUGAAUAA